CUCCGCCCCGGGGCGGGCCCCGCGCGCUGCCGCCAUGCCGCUGCUGUUCCUGGAGCGCCUGCCCUGGCCCAGCCUGCGCACCUACGCGGGGCUGAGCGGGCUGGCCCUGCUGGGGGCCGCGCUCAGCGCGCACCGCGGGCUCGGGCCCGGCCCCGCCGCCGGGGACGUGGCCGCCUUCCUGCUCGCCGACAGCCUCUGCGUCUGGGUAUUGGUGAACACUGCCUGCUGUUUUCUGAUGUUGGUUGCUAAGCUGAUCCAGUAUAUGGUGUUUGGUCCUCUUCGUGUCAGCGAGAGGCAGCAUCUCAAGGAUAAAUUCUGGAAUUUCAUUUUCUACAAGUUCAUCUUCAUUUUUGGUGUGCUGAAUGUUCAGACAGUGGAAGAAGUGGUGAUGUGGUGUCUCUGGUUCUCUGGACUUGUGUUUCUUCAUCUUAUGGUUCAGCUCUGCAAGGAUCGCUUUGAAUAUCUUUCCUUUUCUCCUACUACGCCCAUGAGCAGCCACAUCAGAGUCCUGAGCCUGCUCAUCGCCAUGCUCCUCGCCUGCUGUGGAUUAGCUGUCGUCUGUGGUGUUAUUGGAUACACUCACGGCAUGCACACCUUGGCUUUCAUGGCAGCAGAGUCUCUGCUGGUGACUGUCAGAACUGCUCAUGUGAUUUUACGAUAUGUAAUUCAUCUCUGGGAUCUCAACCAUGAAGGAACAUGGGAGGGCAAAGGCACUUAUGUCUACUACACAGAUUUUGUCAUGGAGCUAACCUUGCUUUCACUGGACUUGAUGCAUCAUAUUCACAUGCUGCUGUUUGGCAAUAUCUGGUUGUCGAUGGCGAGCCUGGUGAUUUUUAUGCAGCUGCGCUACCUGUUUCACGAGGUUCAACGAAGAAUUCGGCGGCACAAGAACUACCUUCGUGUGGUUGGAAACAUGGAAGCUAGGUUUGCAGUUGCGACACCCGAGGAGCUAGCAGUCAAUAAUGAUGACUGUGCCAUUUGCUGGGACUCCAUGCAGUCUGCACGUAAACUCCCUUGCGGCCAUCUCUUCCACAACUCAUGUCUGCGCUCCUGGCUGGAACAAGAUACAUCUUGUCCCACCUGCAGAAUGUCACUUAAUAUCACUGACAGCCAUCAUGUGAGGGAAGAUCACCAAAGGGAAAAUCUGGAUGAGAACCUGGUCCCAGUGGCAGUGGCAGAAGGCAGACCACGCUUGAACCAGCACAAUCACUUCUUCCACUUUGACGGCUCUCGGAUUGCCAGCUGGCUGCCCAGCUUUUCAGUAGAAGUGAUGCACACGACAAACAUCCUCGGUAUCACCCAAGCCAGCAACUCGCAGCUUAAUGCUAUGGCCCAUCAGAUUCAGGAGAUGUUCCCUCAGGUUCCUUAUCAUUUAGUUCUACAAGAUCUACAGCUGACGCGUUCCGCAGAGAUCACCACUGACAACAUCUUAGAAGGGCGCAUCCAGGUGCCUUUCCCCACACAGCGUGUGGAUAGCAUUAGACCUGCAUUAAACAGCUCUGUGGAGCGGCACAGUACUGAUCAGGAGGAUACUGAAACUGUCACCCAGACUGAGAGAGUGCCACUUGAACUGAACUCAAGACUGGAAGAAAUGGAAUUCAGCGAAAUGGAAGCAGAGCCUAGUGAAGCAGAAGAUUUUGAGGCCAGGGGAAGUCGCUUUUCAAAGUCAGCUGAUGAAAGACAGCGUAUGUUGGUUCAGCGGAAGGAGGACUUGUUGCAGCAAGCUCGAAAGCGUUAUUUGAACAAAACCUCUGAUGAGGAAUUGACCACAGAGAAGCCCUCUCCUCUGCCUGAGGGAGCAUCCGCCGAUCCUGUCACCUUGCGUCGCAGGACGCUUGCAGCUGCUGCUGAACGGAGACUUCAGAUGCAACAAAACUCUUAGCGCUCAUUGCCCCUCCUUCCUCCUCCUCGUGAGCAAUGUCAAAUAAAUAAAUUUAAUACA